CUUCUCUCUGCCGCGAUCGGCCGUUGGUGCGAGUUGUUGUAAGCUGAAGCUGAAAUCCCCGUUUCGCGCGCAGUAGCAGAAUCGUCACCGACCACACCAUAGUUUCCCUCUAUUUGUAGCAGUUGGAUUGGAAAGCUCUUCAUUGUCAGAAACUGAGAACACGUGUGGAUUUUGCAGAAGUCAAGCCGGACAAACAUCAUGGACAUUGCUGGCGAUUGUUCAGAGGCGUUUCUUGUUGACAGCAAUUCUGCAUUGGAGUUUAAACUAGUUCGACAUGCUGAUGAUUUAAAAGAUGAAAAAACCACCUUCCGUCCAGAAAUGUCACACCAGGUAUUUGGAGAAAAUGAAAGAAUCUUUGGAUAUCGAGACUUGAAAGUCAAGUUGUACUACACUGCUGGUCGACUUAAUACGUACUUGGGAAUAGAUUUCAAAGAGACUGCAGAUCCAGAUGAUUUUGAUGGAGUUGAGCCUGAUGAUAUCAUGAGGAUUGUAGCAGAGAAAAUACCACCAGGUUUCAUGGUCAAUCUUGAUACUUUUUUGGAAAGUCUGAACAAGGAAUCAAGUUUCAAACCGCAUGGGGAACUUGUCCACUCUUUCAAAACUGAAAGGGAUGGUAAGGCCCCAAGUACCUGUGAGAUAUACUAUUGUGAAACUUCCAAUGCUGACUUUAUUAAGUAUCACAGCCGACUUCAAACAUUCGUUCUGUGGUACAUUGAUGCAUCCUCAUAUAUAGACACUGAUGAUGAUAACUGGAGAUUUUUUACUUGCUAUGAAAAGUAUGAGAGAGAUGGCAAUACUUUGUAUGCUAUUGCUGGAUAUGCAACUGUCUAUGAUUAUUAUGCCUACCCUGAAAACAAACGGCCCCGCAUUAGUCAAUUCCUUGUACUUCCUCCUUUCCAGAGGCAAGGUAUUGGUGCAAAUUUGCUUAGAACUAUUUACAACCGAUAUAUGGGUAAUGCGAAAGUCCUUGAUAUAACAGUGGAAGAUCCGUCUCAAGAUUUCCAAUUCCUUAGAGAUUAUGUGGACUGUGAAAAUUUGAAGCAGCUUUCUUGUUACCAACCUGAUGCACUGAAAAGAGGAUUUUGCCCAAAUGAAAUGGCACUAGAAGCCAGAGAGAAAUUCAAGAUCAAUAAGAAACAGGCCAGGCGAGUGUAUGAGAUUCUGAGGCUGAGAGCAACCAAUCGAAGUGAUUCAGAGGAAUAUAGGCAGUAUCGCUUGGAUGUGAAAAAGAGACUUAACACACCAUUUCAGAAAGAGAACUUGAUGCUUGAGAAAUUGCAAAAGGUCUUGAGUGAAGACGAACUUAAGGCAACUGCUCUGAACCUCAAGGAUAAAUCACAGCGCCUCGAAAGUUUAGACCGACAGUACAAAGAUCUGGAGGAAGAGUUUCUUCAUGUGAUUGAGCGAAUGGCUGCUAGCUCAUCGUAGAUGGCAAGUCAUCAUGUAUUGUGAAAGUUCACACUUGUGGAAGUCUUGUUACUCUGUUUUAAUCAGGUUUUGCUUUUGGACUACUAUUAAGUAUCAUUUCUGUACCUGUUAUAUUUCAAUAGUAUCUCCAACUUUUAGUUUUGAAUUUUAAGACAUUCCAAAUGUUCAUUCUGUUUUAUGGUUUUGAUUAAUUAAUUUGUAAUGUAAAAGUGAUUUGCACAUGAGCACAAGGGAGAGGGGAAAUUUGUUAAGUCCUUUUGUUUUUUUUCUCCUUUUUUUAAAAAUCAAACUGAAGGUAGCAAAGUUAAUAAACUAAUGCAAAGUAGCAGGAGGAACUAUGAACAUAGUGUUGUAUUUAUCUUGCUUGUCUGUAGUCUUUGUGAUGUGUGCAAAAACAAAUUUCAAAAUAGACAUUCUGUCACUUCUGCCUUGA